GGCAGGGUCCUGGGUGUUGACGCUGUCGUCCAGCCGGCCCCAGCCUCCUUGGCACUGCCUCGGAGCUUCAGCUGCCUAGGUUGUGCAGAUAAGAAUCCCUAGUAAAUCAAAUGGCAUCCGGAGAUUUCUGCUCAUCUGGCGAAGGGAUGGAAAUACUUCAACAAGCAUGCAGUAAACAGCUUCUUCCUUGUAACCUGAAUGAAGAGGACCUGUUGCAGAACCCAUACUUCAGCAAGCUGUUGCUGAGUCUCUCACAGCAUGUAGACCAGAGUGGCUUAAGCCUCACCCUGGCAAAGGAGCAGGCUCAGGCAUGGAAGGAAGUUCGACUGCAUAAGACAACAUGGUUGAGGUCUGAGAUUUUACAGAGAGUCAUUCAAGAGCUGCUUGUGGACUACUAUGUAAAGACACAGGACACAAAUUUAACUUCUGAGGACAAAAAGUUUCAUGAGACCCUUGAACAGCGGUUACUUGUGACUGAACUGACACAGCUCUUAGGUCCUAGCCAGGAGAGGGAGAUGCCUCCACUGCUAGGGCUGGAGAAAGCAGACCUUCUGGAGCUCAUGCCACCCUCAGAGGAUUUUGUGUGGAUGAGAGCUCGGCUCCAGCUAGAAGUGGAGGAGCAGCUCAAGAAGAAAUGUUUCACUUUGCUCUGCUACCAUGAUCCCAAUUCAGAUGCUGACAGUGAAACCCUAAAGGCAGCAAAGGUAUGGAAACUGGCAGAGGUCCUGGUGGAUGAGAAGCAGCAGUGCCAAGAUGCCAAGAGCCAGCAGAGGGAGCAGAUGGUGCUGCUGGAGAAGAAGAGUGCCACCUACUCCCAGGUGCUUCUCCGCUGCCUCGCCUUGUUGCAGAGACUUCUUCAGGAGCACCGGCUGAAGACUCAGUCUGAGCUAGACCGCAUCAAUGCCCAGUAUUUGGAAAUCAAGUGCAGUGCCAUGAUCCUUAAGCUGAGAAUGGAGGAGCUAAAGAUUUUGUCCGACACUUAUACUGCUGAGAAAGUGGAAGUUCAUCGUCUCAUUAGGGAUCGUUUGGAGGGAGCUAUUCGUCUACAAGAGCAGGACAUGGAGAAGUCACGACAGGUCCUGAAUACCUAUGAAGUCCUCGGGGAGGAGUUUGACAGGCUGGUUAAAGAGUACACUCAACUCAAGCAGGUGACAGAGAACAAGCGCUGGGCCCUCCAAGAGUUCAACAAGGCCUACCACUGAGCAUUGGCAGGGCCGGGAAGCAUGGACUCUGCACAGCCACUGCCUCUUCCUCUUCCUGCUAAAAGGACCACCUCCACCUGGGGCUGCCUUCACUACAAGGGACUGUGGGGACACUUGCUUAAAACACUGCAGUCAUUUAGGCACCCUCCUGGUUUCUCUUCCUUGUUUACAAUGAUUGGGCCUCUUCUGGAAAACGUAGCAAACAGAUUUAUAUAAUUUUAUACAUAGCUGUUUGUUAGUGUCAGUCCUGUAUUGUAUUUCAU